AUGGUUUUAGCAAAUGAACUCAAAGCAUGGCAAAAACUUCAAAGUCAUUACGACAAUGAAGACAAAAACAUUAUUUUAAAAGACCUUUUCGCCCAAGAUACAAACCGGUUCAGUACUUUUUCUCGUCAAUUUAAGAGUGAACGCACUAGUGCUUCAAUUUUGCUCGAUUUUUCGAAAAAUAUUAUCACAAAUGAUACAUUCGCUGCCCUAAUCGAAUUAGCACGUGAAGCUGAUGUUGAAGGUUUCAGAGAAAAAUUGUUCAAUGGUGAACAUAUCAAUUUCACUGAAGAUCGGGCUGUAUUACAUGUCGCCUUGAGAAAUGUUUCAAACACUCCAAUUCUUGAUAAUGGUGAAAAUGUUAUGCCGGGUGUUAAUGAGGUUUUGGAGCAAAUGAAAAGAACCUCCAAUGCGAUUCGAGAUGGUUCGUGGACCGGUUACACCGGAAAACCUAUCGUCGAUAUUGUAAAUAUUGGAAUUGGUGGAUCUGAUCUUGGUCCCGUGAUGGUUACUGAAGCUUUAAAACCAUACGCGAAACCAGGAUUGAAUGUGCAUUAUGUUUCGAAUAUCGAUGGAACACAUUUAGCAGAAACUUUAAAGAAAUUGGAUCCAGAGACUUCCUUGUUCAUUAUUGCUUCUAAGACUUUUACAACACAAGAAACUAUUACCAACGCUACAUCAGCAAGAGAUUGGUUCCUUGCUAAAGCUAAAGAUAAUAAACAUGUCGCAAAACAUUUCGUUGCACUUUCAACAAACACUAGCGCAGUUACAUCUUUCGGAAUUGAUCCUGCAAAUAUGUUCAAAUUCUGGGAUUGGGUUGGUGGACGUUAUUCUUUGUGGUCAGCUAUCGGUCUUUCCAUUGCCAUAUACCUUGGCUUUGAUAAUUUUUACGAACUUCUUUCUGGCGCACACGAUAUGGACCUUCAUUUCAGAAACUCUCCAUUGGAGCAAAAUUUGCCUGUGAUUUUAGGAGUUCUUGGUAUUUGGUAUAAUAACUUCUUUGGAUGUCAAACACAUGCUAUUUUACCAUACGAUCAAUACCUUCAUCGUUUCCCUGCUUAUUUCCAACAGGGUGAUAUGGAAUCCAAUGGAAAAUAUGUCUCUCGUACAGGAAAAGUUGUUGAUUAUUCAACAGGUCCUAUUAUUUGGGGUGAACCAGGAACAAAUGGACAACAUGCAUUUUAUCAAUUAAUACAUCAAGGCACAAAAAUAAUUCCUGCAGACUUUUUGGCGCCAGUUGAAACGCAUAAUCCUAUAUCAAAUGGUCUGCAUCACAAAAUCUUACUUUCAAAUUUCUUUGCUCAAACUGAAGCUCUUAUGAUUGGUAAGACCAAAGAGCAAGUCCUAGAGGAAUUAGGAAAUGUAUCCAACAAAGAAUUGAUAGCUUCACAUAAAGUUUUUCGUGGCAAUCGACCAACAAAUAGUAUUAUGUUUCAAAAACUAACACCUGGUACCUUGGGUGCCCUCAUUGCUCUUUACGAACAUAAAAUUUUUGUUCAAGGUAUCAUUUGGAACAUUAACUCAUUUGAUCAAUGGGGUGUGGAACUUGGUAAAGUUCUUGCCAAGAAAAUUUUGCCAGAAUUAACAAGUCAAGAUGCAGCACCCAUUUCUUCUCAUGAUUCCA